UACAAUGAGUUGUCAUAAAAGUUACUAUGUUGUUAGUAGUGUUACAAUUGUUCAAUUUCUCAUUUCAUAACACUUAUAAAUUUUGUCCCAAUUCCAAAAUCUCACAAAAUUAGGUUUUACUACUCUUUUCUUUCAAGUUUACUCUGUACUGUAGUAAUCAGAAAUUAACUUUAGAGAAGUUAAGUUUAAUUAAAAGCAUAAUGAGAAUGAAUAUUAGAGAGAUCAUUGAAGAAAAAAUGUUCUUAGCACUCCUAAUUAAAACAUUACAGUGUUGGUGUAACACAAUCAAACAACACACGAUCACAGAGAAACCCAACAAAAAGAUGGAGUUGACUUUAACUGAAGAAGAUGCAGCUCAUUGGGUUUAUAGAGGUGAAGGUGCUGCUAAUAUUGUUCUCUCUUACACUGGUUCUUCACCUUAUUAUAUUGGGAAAGUGAUGCGCAUUCGUAAGUCUCCAAGGAAGGAAUCAGCGUUGCAGGGAGUUAGGAAUACCUUAGCUCUGACUCCACAUGAACGCCUCAUCUGGAAAGAUGCACAUGAACUUAUUUCCUCUUCAGAUAAAGAAAUUGCUGGCCAAUUAUAUGUUGAUCAUGUCAUGAAGCCUUUGCUUGGUUCCAAGUAUGUUGAUGCUGGGACUCACAUUCUGGUGACCAAGGAAUUCCUUGAGACAGUUGAGAAGAAUGUUUUAAGUCAACGUCCUGCAUCGCGAGUUGAUGAUUCACGGGUUGAUACACAAUGUGAUUUUGGUCUUCUCAUGUCGGAUCAUUCAAUCUUCCCUCACGGUAAUCAAGAAUCUAUCCCCAGCAUAUCAGUUGAGAUAAAGCCUAAAUGUGGAUUUCUUCCUCUUUCAACAUUCAUAUCUGAAGGAACUGCUAUCAAAAAGAGGGUUACUCGAUUUGAAAUGCAUCAAGCUCUGAAAUUGCAACGUGGAGAGAUUUCACAGCAGAGUGUGUACGACCCACUUGAUCUUUACUCUGGAUCCAAGGAAAGAAUUCAUAAAGCUGUCAAAGAUCUCUUUACUACUCCUCAAAACAAUUUUCGCGUAUUUUUGAAUGGUUCUCUCAUACUCGGAGGACUAGGAGGUGGUGCUAAAAGUACAGAUGCAUGUAUUGCUAAAGUACUUGAAGAUGAACUUCACUCGGUCAUUCAAGCUGAUGAUGGCCAAUGUACGGAGAACUUAUUUACUCUUGUUACCGAAGCCGUGCACAAAUCAGGAGUCCUUGAUAAGCUCGUGGAGGUUCAGAAGCUUGAUAGUAUUGACGUAGAAGGAGUCAUUCAUGCUUAUUAUGACAGUACUUCUCAACAGUGCAAGGUGUGUAGAGAACUGAGUGAAGAACAGGCAAAAAAAUAUACCUCUUUGCAUUCUGUGUCAUUAGAUGAAAGCUUGCGAAUCGUGAAGGACUACCUGAUUGCCGCAACUGCAAAAGACUGCAGUUUGAUGCUAUGUUUUAGACCAAGGCAAGAGAAGGAGUCGGGAUCAACCUACAAUUCUAUAUAUCUUGAGUCAACUAAGCAAGCUUUUGAUUAUAAGGUUCAUUUUAUUGACCUCGACUUAAAGCGUUUGAGUAAAGUGGAAGAUUACUAUGAGUUAGAUAAGAAGAUAGUGAGCUGCUACAAACAAAUGAUCAAAACGGAUAAUGGAAGAAACGAAGAUGCAAACUAGCAUGGACUUGAAGUUGCAUACUGAGAUUUCUUCCUCACAAAAUGAUGUUGUGGUGACUGGUGGUGCUUGUUGAAAGGUGAAGAAGAAACUUGGUAUGAAUAUUUUGCUUCAUUACCCUCCUAACCUGCUGUACUACCCUACUAUCAAUUUUCUGUAUACUGAGACUAUAUCACAUUAACUCUUUUACAUAAUGAUUUUGUGUUUGUAUUUAUAUUAUCUUUCUAUUCAUUCCAUUCUUUGUUG